AUGGGGACCACAGAGCGACCAAUUCCUCGAUUCUACCGAGUCUUCUUCACAACCUUGGACCCUAUCGUCGCCCUGAGCGGCGUCGUUGCGAACCUCUUCUUCCCCUCGUUGAUUCUGACGUCGUACAGCGCCACACCAACCCUCCCUCCAUCCGCGGAGACGACGGCCCUCCUUCACGGAUCAGCAGGUUACCUCUUGUCGACCAUGUUUCUGCAAAUUGUUCUUCUCCGUCUCUGUUCGGACAUUACGGUAUGGCGGUGUCUACAGACGAGCAUCCUCAUCCAAGACGUGGUGCUACUUGCGUCCGCGUUCAUGGCUGUGGCAGAUCAAGGCAGGGGCCUGUCGACUUUGAGAGGAGAGGAGGUCGGGAAUCUGAUCGUAUUGAUAGCUGUGGGAGGCCUCAGAGCUGCGUUUCUGAUGCGGUUAGGAUUUUCAGAAGAUGAGUGUGUGGGUGAGUAUCACAACAAGACGAGGAAGAGGUUGUGA